UGCCUGGAGCCCUGCAAAGAGUCCUGGGACCUGAAGAAAAACCAUUGCCAAAGCUUCUGUGAGCCUCUUUUCCCUAAGAAGAAUUAUGAAUGCCUAACUAGCUGUGAAUUCCUUAAGUACAUCCUGUCUGUGAAGCAAGGGGACUGCCCAGCACCUGAGAAGGCCAGUGGUUUUGCAGCAGCCUGUGUUGAAAGCUGUGAAGCUGAUAGUGAAUGUUCUGGAGUGAAGAAAUGCUGUUCCAAUGGAUGCGGUCAUACGUGCCAAGUUCCAAAAAAUCUGUACAAAGGUGUUCCACUGAAACCCCGGAAAGAAUUAAAAUUCAUAGAACUUCAGUCUGGAGACCUGGAGGUGAAGUGGUCUUCCAAAUUCAAUAUUUCCAUUGAGCCUGUGAUCUAUGUUGUUCAGAGGAGGUGGAAUCAAGGAAUCCAUCCAAGUGAGGAUGAUGCUACUAGCUGGCAAACUGUAGCACAGACUACAGAUGAGCGGGUUCGGCUGCUGGACAUCCGAGCGAGCAGAUGGUACCAGUUCCGUGUGGCAGCUGUGAAUGUGCAUGGGACGAGAGGCUUCACAGCGCCCAGCAAGCACUUCCGAUCCUCAAAAGAUCCAUCUGCUCCACCAGCUCCAUCUAAUAUCAGAAUUGCCAAUAUCAGUGCAAGCAAUGAUGGGAGUGUAAAUGUAAUGAUUACUUGGGAUCUUCCAGAAGAGCCUGAUAUCCCAGUGCACCACUACAAAGUCUUCUGGAGCUGGACAUAUAGCAAAUAUGUAAUCCCAGCUAAAAAAAAGAGAAGGAAGAUUACCAAUGGGGCCCAAAAUUAUGUGGUCCUGGAGGGACUCCAACCCAACAGCAACUACAACGUAGAACUGCAGGCAGUAACACGUUGGGGUCAGAUACGCCUAAAAAGUGCUAAGGUUUCUCUCCAUUUUAGCACGACUCAGGACACCAGGAAUAAUAAGGAACAGACAUCUUCUGCUGGAAAACCCCAAAAAGGACUGGUAGAUCCCUACCCAACAUUUCAAAGAAGAAAACCCACUCGUUUUCUUAAAAUUGGAACUCCUUUCUAUCAGGACAAUCAACUUCAGGUCAAAGUCUACUGGAAGAAGACAGGUUUGUCAAAUUUUUAUUUUACUAUUUUUUCUAAGGAGGAACUCUCAUCAACUUCCUCAAAGUUGUAG